AUGUCCGACUUUUGGUCACGAAACUCGUACAAGCUACGGCACGAUCUCUUGCUGUACCUCACCACCCCGCCCGUCUGCCCUCACCAUCAUGUGACCCUGGACGGCGAUGGCGAGCCGACAGUCGCAACAGCCCCGCUCAUCUCGGACACUGGCCGAUCAAGAUCACGAGCAACAAGUAUAACCCAUGCGGAUACUACUACUGCUGGUCUCCUAGGCCUGACGGUGGUGUGUAUCAGCGACACGCACGGGACCACACCGGACCUUCCCAUUGGCGACAUCCUGGUUCAUGCCGGUGACCUGACUGCCGAAGGUCGUUGGGAACAGGUUCAGUCCCAGAUCGACUGGUUGAGCAAGCAGCCGCAUCGGUACAAAGUCGUCAUUGGCGGCAACCACGAUUUCGCACUGGACGACGCGUACUUGGCCAGCGAGAGGAGGCGGAGGAGGAUCCGUGACGGGCGUGUGGACGACGACGACGACGACGACGACCAGUCCAAGGUGGUCGGGAAGACAUCCCAAGACUUUGACUGGGGCGGCGUCCUGUACCUCUGCAACGAGAAGAUUGACUUGGUGUUCCCACCCUCGACUGGAGUGGCGGACGACGGCCAGACGCCUACCACCUCGCGGGCCGCCCCGCGAGUGGUCACCAUCUACGGCUCCCCGCUGUCCCCGUCGUUUGGCCGCUGGGCAUUCCAGUACCCUCCCGUGCAGAACCCGUGGGCCAAUGCUCUGGACGCGGUCGCCAAACCGAACCCAAACUCAAGCCUGCAGUCCCUCCCCUCCGCCACCCCGAACAUCCAAUCACCAGCAUCAUCGGUUGACGUAUUCGUCGUCCAUGGCCCCCCACGUGGAUACCUCGACUACGAAACACCUCAAUACAAGGCUCGUGAACGCGCCCUGCGGGCCGACAAGCAGAUGCCCACUCUCUUCCAGCCCGGAGACAUGGGCAGAGUCACGGGGUGCGGGUGCAGGUUCCUCCUACACGAAAUCCGGCGUGCGCGACCACGCGUGGUCGUGUGUGGCCAUAUCCACGAAGGCCGCGGUGUGGGCACGGUGGGAUACAACCCUGUCGCCGAAGCCGUGGACCGGCUCAUGGUCGAUGCGGCUGCUACCCGCGACAGGCGGCCUGGAUGGCGCGUGAGGGCGACGGCGCCUGGGUGGACGUGGCUGUUUUACGCGGCGUUGACUUUGGUCUGGGCAAAUGUCUGCGCGUGGUGGAGAUACGGGACGUCUAGAGAGACCAGGACGAGUUGUGGAUGUACGCUUGUAGUCAACGCCGCGGCGGUGAAUCGAUGGGGCAAGGGCCUGGUCGAUCCGGCCAUUACUGUAGUCAUAUAA